GAUCCCAAGAAGAAGAAGAAGCAAAGACAAAGUAGCCCGGAGAGAAAGGCUGCAGAGGAUCCAAAGAAGAAGAAGAAGAAGCAAAGACAAAAUAGCCAGGAGAGAAAGGCUGCAGAGGAAGAAGCAAAGGCAAAGUGCCCGGAGAGAAAGGCUGCAGAGGAUCCCAAGAAGAAGCAAAGACAAAGUAGCCCGGAGAGAAAGGCUGCAGAGGAUCCCAAGAAGAAGAAGCAAAGGCAAAGUAGCCCGGAGAGAAAGGUUGCAGAAGAUCCCAAGAAGAAGAAGAAGCAAGGCAAAAUAGCCGGAGAGAAAGGGCUGAGAGGAUCUCCAAAGAAGAAGAAGAAGCAAAGGCAAAGUAGACCGGAGAGAAAAGGCUGCAGGAGAUCACAGAAGAAGAAGAAGGCAAAGGUUAAAAUAGCUGCAGAGUAUCCCAAGAAGAAGAAGCAAAGGCAAAGUGGCCCGGAGAGAAAGGCUGCAGAGGAUCCCAAGAAGAAGAAGAAGAAGCAAAGGCAAAAUAGCCCGGAGAGAAAGGCUGCAGAGCAUCCCAAAAAGAAGAAGAAGCAAAAGCAAAGUAGCUCGGAGAGCAAGGAUGCAGAGGAUCCCAAGAAGAAGAAGAAGCAAAGGCAAAGUAGCCCGGAAAGAACGGCUGCAGAGGAUCCCAAGAAGAAGAAGAAGAAGAAGCAAAGGCAAAGUAGCCCGGGGAGAAAGGCUGCAGAGGAUCCCAAGAAGAAGAAGAAGAAAAGGCAAAGUAGCCCGGAGAGAAAGGCUGCAGAGGAUCCCAAGAAGAAGAAGAAGCAAAGGCAAAGUAUUGGUAGCCCGGAGAGAAAGGCUGCAGAGGAUCCCAAGAAGAAGAAGCAAAGGCAAAGUAGCCCGGAGAGAAAGGCUACAGAGGAUCCCAAGAAGAAGAAGCAAAGGCAAAGUAGCCCGCAGAGAAAGGCUGCAGAGGAUCCCAAGAAUAAGAAGAAUCAGAAGAAGAAGAAGAAGCAAAGGCAAAGUAGCCCGGAGGGAAAGGCUGCAGAGGAUCCCAAGAAGAAGAAGAAGAAGAAGCAAAGGCAACGUAGCCCGGAGAGAAAGGCUGCAGAGGAUCCCAAGAAGAAGAAGAAGAAAAAGAAGAAGAAGCAAAGGCAAAGUAGCCCGGAGAGAAAGGCUACAGAGGAUCCCAAGAAGAAGAAGUCAAGGCAAAGUAGCCCGGAGAGAAAGGCUGCAGAGGAUCCCAAGAAGAAGAAGAAGAAGCAAAGGCAAAGUAGCCCGGAGAGAAAGGUUGCAGAGGAUCCCAAGAAGAAGAAGAAGCAAAGGCAACGUAGCCCGGAGAGAAAGGCUGCAGAGGAUUCCAAGAAGAAGAAGAAGCAAAGGCAAAAAAGUCCGGAGAGAAAGGCUGCAGAGGAUCCCAAGAAGAAGAAGAAGCAAAGAAAAAGUAGCCCGGAGAGAAAGGCUGCAGAGGAUCCCAAGAAGAAGAAGAAGCAAAGGCAAAUGAGCCCGGAGAGAAAGGCUGCAGAGGAUCCCAAGAAGAAGAAGAAGCAAAAGCAAAGUAGCCCGCAGAGAAAGGCUGCAGAGGAUCCCAAGAAGAAGAAGCACAGGCAAAGUAGCCCGGAGAGAAAGGCUGCAGAGGAUCCCAAGAAGAAGAAGAAGCAAAGGCAAAGUAGCCCGGAGAGAAAGGCUGUAGAGGAUCCCAAGAAGAAGAAGCCAAGGCAAAGUAGUCCGGAGAGAAAGGCUGCAGAGGAUCCCAAGAACAAGAAGAAGCAAAGGCAAAGUAGCCCGGAGAGAAAGGCUAUAGAGGGUCCCAAGAAGAAGGAGCAAAGGCAAAGUAUUGGUAGCCCGGAGAGAAAGGCUGCUUUGGAUCCCAAGAAGAAGAAGAAGCAAAGGCAAAGUAGCCCGGAGAGAAAGGCUACAGAGGAUCCCAAGAAGAAGAAGCAAAGGCAAAGUAGCCCGCAGAGAAAGGCUGCAGAGGAUCCCAAGAAGAAGAAGAAGAAAAAGAAGAAGAAGAAGAAGCAAAGGCAAAGUAGCCCGGAGGGAAAGGCUGCAGAGGAUCCCAAGAAGAAGAAGAAGCCAAGGCAAAGUAGCCCGGAGAGAAAGGCUGCAGAGGAUUUCAAGAAGAAGAAGCAAAGUAGCCCGGAGAGAAAG